AUGAGCACCUCCAUCCAGGAUCUGGCCGUAGAGACGCACAACAAGGGCGGCAAGUUUCGCGUCUUGGUCACCAAGAACCUCCCUGGCGAGGACUGGCUCAAGGUGCUCACGUCUGCCGGCGCUCAAGUGGACAUCUGCACUGCCAAGCAGACCAUCCUCGACAACGCCAGCAUCACCAAGCUCGUCGGCGAUAAGUGUGAUGGCGUGAUCGGGCAGCUGACCGAGGACUGGAGCGAUGAGCUGUUUGGCGUCCUCAAGGCGGCAGGCGGCAAGGUGUACUCCAACUAUGCCGUGGGCUUCAACAACAUCGUGCUGGAGGAUGCGACCAAGCAUGGCAUUGCAGUGGGCAACACCCCAGGCGUGCUGACGGAGACCACCGCCGAGCUGGCGGCGGCACUGACCCUGGCAGCUUCCCGGCGGCUGCUGGAGGCUGAGAAGUUCAUGCGGGGGGGCAAGUACGAGGGCUUCCUGCCCAACCUCUUCGUGGGCAAGCUCCUGCAGGGUAAAACCGUGGGGGUGGUGGGCCCUGGCCGCAUCGGCUUCGCCUAUGCCAAGAUGAUGGUGGAGGGGCACAAGAUGAACAUCCUGUACAACAGCCAUGAGCCACAGCCGGAGAUCGCCGACUACUUCAACAAGUACAGCGACUUCCUGGAGAGCCAGGGAGGGACGAGGGUGACUGCCCGUCAGGUGGAGCUUGAGGAGCUGCUGCAGAACUCCGACGUGGUGAGCCUGCACUGCGCGCUGACCCCUGAGACCCGCCACUUGAUCAACAAGGAGCGGCUGGGGAUGAUGAAGCCCGACGCCAUCCUGGUGAACGCGGCGCGGGGCCCCAACGUGGACGAGAAGGCGUUGGUGGCGCACCUCCAGGCCAACCCCGGCUUCAGCGCGGGGCUGGACGUGUACGAGGACGAGCCGGCCAUGGCACCCGGGCUGGCGGAGUGCAGCAACGCUGUGCUUAUGCCCCACAUCGCCUCGGCCACGCUGUGGACCCGCUCCGGCAUGGCCAAGCUGGCGGCCUGCAACGUGGCGGGCGUGCUGCGCGGCUACCCCGCCCUGAAGAGCGCGGGCGACGUGCUGCAGUUUGUGGACGCCGACCCCGGGUCGGUGCCCAAGCUGGCCCCCAGCAUCCUGAAUGCCGAGGCGGUGGGGCUGGAGCGCAGCUCCUGA